AUGAAGAGACAGCGAACGAGUCAGCAGCACGCCGACAGUUCUUUGGCAGUUCCAAGCCGUCCGGUUAGCCGACAUUCGUUCCACGGAGCGGUGCUUCCGGCAGGACUCUUCUCCAGCCGGACGACGGUGUUGCGAGCAUACCGCUACAACCGGUCGAAGAAGUGUGCGGCACGGUUUUUUCUCUUUGAGCAGUCGGCCGCAGCGGCAGACAGCAGCAAAAGCAGCCGAGCGCUCGAACGUCGCCGGCCGCCGCCACGCCCCAUCGCAUCAAUGCUCAACUACGUGCAGAUCCUGACGGCACCGUCAGCAGACACACCGGGAACAUGUCUGGUAGUGCAUCACGACAACCGACGGUACCUCUUUGGCAACGUGGCCGAGGGUACGCAGCGGGCGUUUGUGCAGCAAAAGGUGUCGCUCAGCCGGACGGAGGAGAUCUUUCUGACCGGCUCCGUCAGCUGGCACACGGCAGGCGGACUGAUCGGCAUGAUCCUGUCGGUGGCCGAGGUGCUCUCGUCGGCUCGGGCAGCAGCAGCGGCGGAGGAGGCACAAAAGGCACAGCGGGCACAGCGGGCACAGCAGGCACUGGCACAGAAGGCGGCCAAGAAGAAGGGCAACCCGGCUGUCGCACCGGAGAAAUCGUCAGGAGGAGCAGCAGCAGAAGUAGCAACAGCAGCAACUCCAGAGCCGACGGAAGCACGGAGCCUGAGCAUCCACGGCGGCAUCAAUCUAGCGCAUCUCUUGGCGACAGCCCGACGUUUUGUCUUCCGAAAGGGAAUGCCGAUUCGGGCACACGAGGUGCGCGAAGACGGAAGCGACGUGGACGGGAUGCGGGAGGCGGACUGGGCGGACGAAAACAUGAUGGUGUGGUACGUGCCAGUGAUGGCAGAGGGAGGAGGUGAAACAGAGGCAGAAAGCGAGGCAACGACAGGAGGACGCAAGCGGAACCACGACGCGGUGGACAGUGACCAGGAACGAGACGAAGACCAAGACCUGGACAGAAACACCUCUCUGGCCGACCGAACGAUGGUGGAUGCAGUAUUGAAGCAGAUGUUCGACUCAGACUGGAAGCUGGACGCGCUGGUAGAGACGACACUGCACGCGGUCAAGAUGCCGGCGAAGCUGUUUGUCAAGGACGCCAAGGGCCAUCUUCAACCGUACGAGGGACCGCUGCCGGGCGAGGGAGCGGAGCGGGAGCCAGACAGGCCGGUGUUGGUGCGACAGCCGUGGCCGGCAGCACUGAUCCAAGCAUUGCCACGAACAAAGCCAUCACGACAGUCGGUGAGUUACGUGGUGCGCAACCACGCGCGACGCGGCAAGGUGGACGCGGCAGCAGCAGCACGGCUGGGCGUGGCUAAGCGAGACAUCCGGCGACUGGUGGCCGGCGAGAACGUCACGGCCGUGGCAGCCGACGGGACCAGCCAGACGGUGACGCCAGAGAUGGUGGUUGGGCCGUCGGUAGAGGGUGCAGCCUUUGCCGUGGCCGAUCUGCCGGACCGUUCGUUCAUCGAGGCCUUUGUGGCGCGGCCAGAAUGGCAGCAAGCCAGCGGCGGUCUCCUGGCGCCGGUCAACACGAUGUUCUGGAUCCUCGGACCUGGCGUGGCGUCUGACAGCCGGCUGCUCGCAUUUAUGCGCAGUCGGCCGGCCAUCCGCCACGUCGUCGCGGCUCCCGACGCCUGUCCGAACCGGCUGGCACUCGGUUCGGCCGCCACGCUGCAGGCUAAGCACCACCGCAUCGACCCCGAUCGCUUUCCGCUACCGCAGUUCGACAACCGGGUGCCGGUGGUGGAGGCAGAAGCAGACGACAGCGACAGCGGCAGUCUGCCCUACGAGCCAGCACGCGCCGGCUGGGCCGUCCGUCUGGCCCCACAGGUGGUCGAGGAGGACGGCAAGGUGUUUGGCAACGUGGACUUUGGCGAGGCCUUGCGCGAGCUGGAUCCGGCCGUGUUGGCACUGGCAGACGAAGCGCGAGGUGCUGCUGUUAUUCCCGGGGUUCCUGGGAUCCCCCAUCCCGACACAGAGGUGAUCUCGUUGGGGACCGGCUCAGCGAUGCCAUCCAAGUACCGCAACGUGUCGGCGACGCUGGUGCGGGUUCCCGGCGUCGGCAGCUAUCUCUUUGACUGCGGCGAGAACACGCUCGGAUCGAUGCGGCGGAUGCUGGGCGCGGCUGGUCUGGCCGACAUGCUGCGCGACCUGCGCAUGAUCUGGAUCAGCCACCUGCACGCGGACCACCAUCUAGGCACUGCUAGCGUGAUCCGAGCAUGGCGGGACGCCACCCAAAGACGCGACGGCACGGCCGAGUCCCGGUUGCUGGUGGCCUCGCACGUCAACAUGCUGCACUGGCUGCGCGAGUACGCCGAGGUGGAGGACUACGGCUUCGAGCGGCUGCGCCUGGCCGAGCUCGACAGCAGCGCCCGCUACGAGCGCGUCUGCCCACCCGUCGUCCUGUCGGCGGCCGAGACGGCCGAGUUUGGGCUGCAGCGCAUCGACGCCUGUCGCGUGGAGCAUUGUCACGGGGCGCUGGCCGUUGUGGUCACGUGGCCGGUCCGUUCGAAUGCAAAUACCCCGAAUACCCCGAAUACCCCGGCCGAACCCCUGCGCGUUGCCUACUCGGGCGACUGCCGUCCGUCGGCCGACUUUGCCCGCAUCGGUCGCCACGCCACGCUGCUCAUCCACGAGAGCACCUUUGACGACGAGCUCGCGGGCGAGGCCGCCGCCAAGAAACACAGCACCAUGGGCGAGGCCCUUGCCGUCGGCCGCCGCAUGGCCGCCCGCCGCGUCCUCCUCACCCACUUCUCCCAACGCUACCCCAAGAUCCCCGUCUUUGGCGCUGACGGCGACGGUGACGGCGACCCAACUCCAGACAUGCACGUCCUCGUCGCUUUUGACCAUAUGCGUGUUCGGCUGUGCGACUUCCAGGCCGCUGCCGCCUUCCUGCCCGCGCUGCAGAAGCUGUAUGAUGGCGAGGAGAGAGGGUGA